AGGACGGCAAUGGCAAAACUCCUCUGAAGAAACUUGCCAAGAAAAUCCCAUGAUAGGAUCUCCACCAUAGGAUUGCAGAAACGACUUGAAGGCACACAACAGCAACUUUUAUUUUUCACUUUUGCAACCAGCUUUUUAGUUCUAGCUUUUGAAACUAUUGCAAACUGCCUUGAAUCCCAUUUUGGGAGAAAGGUGGGAUACAAAUCCCCUAAAUAAAUAAAUUGGGGUUUGUUCCAAGGGGAAUUGCCAUUGCCAACCUCUGAAGCUGAGAGAGUAUGAUUCGCCCAAGGUCACCCAGUCACUUUUCAUGGCUGAGCAGGGAAUUGAACCCUGAUCUCCAGAGUCAAUAGUCCAGUGCUCCAGCCACUGUGCCACACUGGCUCUUAUUAAACAUAUAGAAUUGGAUUUGGGUUGUGGGUUGGUUUUUUUAAGAUUGUGGUGUUCUUGAAUUUUAGAUGUGGCUGUCUGGAGAAGGCACCCAGAAGCCUUUGCUAGUCAAGGAUGCAUUUGUUUAAUAAUAAGACACAGAUUAUUUUUAAUGGUUUUGCAAGUGAGGCUUGAGACAAAUUUACUUUACAAGCCUAUGCAAAAGUUCUGCUUUAAAAAAAAAAAUAGCUUGAAUGUGUUGUAUUGGUCUAUUUUGUCUAUCUUUUGUAUUUUGCUUGUCUUUGCCCUUUCAUGUAUGUUGGGCCAUGCAGGAGGUGAGGGUUAUACCUGAAUGACAUUAUAAGUGCACACAUGGGAGACAGACAAUGUGGCACAUAUAGUUUAGUAGUACCACCAUGUAGUGAUAACACUGUGUAGCCCCUGGAAUACUGAGCCUUUUGUGCUUCUUGGUAUGUUUCUUCAAAGUGAGAUUAGCUGAGGCUGCAAAGUGCUUUUUGUGGUCUGAACUUGUUACUUAUGUGCUUGUUCUCUCUUCUUUUGUUCUGUAGAUCAUUGCCAUCCUGAGGUGCCUGCCUAUCUCUCUGGCUGAGCCAUGGAAACGAUGCAAGAGCUGAUCCCCUUUGCCAAAGAGAUGAUGAGCCAGAAACCCAACGGGAAAAUGGUCAAGCUGUACAUGUUGGGGAGCGUCCUGGCAUUCUUUGGGGUAGUUAUUGGCCUGGUGGAGACAGUUUGCAGCCCUUUCACUUCUGAAGGGAGGCCAGAGGAGGAGGAGGAAGAGGAGGAGGAAGAAAAGAAACUUGCUCUCCCCCUGACUAAAGAGGAGGCUGUGCCUCAGAAACCAGAAGAGGUGAUGUUGGAAAAGAACAAACAGGCAUCAGCACUGAGGAAUUUGGUGAAUAGGCAGCAUGCAUCAUAAGAAAACUUUGGGCCAUGGGUAAAAAUGAACAUGUUGGCCUGUGGUGUACAGAUGUGCUGCCCUGAAGCAGCAAGUAUCCCAACAUCUGGAGAACUGUUUCUGUGCAACUUUGCAACUGUACAAAGGGACUCUCUGUAAAUGAGAAUGUUUUUAUUUUGCUGCUGUGCAGCGGUUUUACUAUGCAGCCAUUUAAAUCUUACAUACCUCUUCUGUUGGUAUGACUGUCCAAACCUGGUAGCAUCUUGUACCUACUUAUGUGAGGGGUUAUUUUUUAUUAUGUCUAUGCAUACAUUUUACAAAUAUUUUGCAUUUUAAAUAAAACAUUUUAUACCUGA